CGUGCACUUAUAUUUUGGUCCGUGAUUUCUGAGGUCCUAGAAUGGAGCUAAAAGCAUGUGUCUUAUUCUUACUACUUUUACUAUCAACUAAACCUGUUAAAACAUGUGAUUUUCCGGCUGUUUUCAACUUCGGUGACUCCAACUCCGAUACCGGUGGCCUGGCUGCCGCGUUUGGACAGGUUCCUCCGCCCAAUGGUGAGACGUUUUUUCAUCGUUCGGCUGGUAGGUACUCCGAUGGCCGUCUUCUCAUCGACUUUAUGGUGCAAAGUUUGGGCUUACCUUACCUUAGUGCCUUCCUAGAUGCUUUGGGCUCCAACUUUACCCAUGGAGCCAACUUUGCGACCGGUGGUUCAACCAUUAGACCCCCAAAUAGGACUCGUCAUCAAAGUGGUUUGAGCCCCAUUUCCUUAAAUGUUCAAUCAUAUCAAUUCAAUGAUUUUCAUGUCAGGACUCGCCAAGUCCAAGGUAUCUUUAAAGAGUUAGUUCCAAAACCCGAAGCUUUUACGCGUGGUUUAUACACGUUUGAUAUUGGGCAAAAUGAUUUGACGGGUGGUUUGUUCCUAAACUUGACUGUCGAUCAAGUGAAAGCAUCCGUUCCCGAUAUCCUAGGUCAAUUCAAAACCGUUGUUAAGGAUGUAUAUGACAAAGGAGGGAGAUUCUUUUGGAUACAUAAUACCGGCCCGAUUGGUUGUUUACCAUAUGUAUUGGAAUAUCUACAAAUCAAUGAAGGACAAAUGGACAAGAAUGGAUGUGCUAAUCCCAUUAACGAACUCGCUCAAUUCUUUAAUCGUAAGUUAAAGGAUCUUGUGAACCAACUCCGUGAAGAACUUCCUGAGGCUUUGAUCACCUAUGUCGAUAUCUAUAAAGCGAGAUACUCGCUCAUUAGUCAAGCACACAAGCAUGGAUUUGAGUAUCCUCUUAGAGCUUGUUGUGGCUACGGAGGAAAGUACAACUAUAACAUACAUGUUGGAUGUGGAGGAAAAGUAAAUGACAAUGGGAAAGAAAUCAUUGUGGGAUCUUGUAAAGAUCCUUCGGUUAUGAUCAUAUGGGACGGAAUACAUUACACUGAGGCAGCGAAUAAAUGGGUUUUUUCUCAUAUUGUAAACGGGUCAUAUUCUGACCCGUCGAUCCCAUUACUCUUGGCUUGUCAGAGAAAACGAGACUAAUCGUUUUGCUCAAGCACAAUUCUAAACUAAGUUUUUUUUUUUUUGUUGUAUUGUGAGUUGGUAAAUGCUAAAUGUGUGCCUUUUUAGUUUUGAUUGAACCUUAUGAAACAUUUUGUAACAACUUUAUAGUUGCGACAGCUUCAACUUCGUUAAUUGCUCAGCUUCUUAACGGACUUGAUUAA